UCACCAGAAAAAUAUUUUUUGUGUUUUCAUUUAUUUGGUUUGAUAUACUUGAAGUAGCUGAUCAUUCUACAGUCUGUGUCAUAUUUAAUGUUGUAGAGACAUAUUGUGUCAUUGAGUUUAUAUAGUUUUCCUUUCAUUACUUCUUUCUUCCUCAUGUACAUUUAACGUGGUGCGUGUCUUUGUGUCACUUCACUCUUUGAUGUGACGCUGACAUGGUUCUGCUCAUCAUCUUUACACUCCUGCUGGAGGUUCAACCUCAAAGACUCUCUGCUCAGGUUUGGACGACAGCGACUUCAGCGUCAAUGCAGAAAGACACAAACGCAGCGCAGCUGAGAUAUGAAAGACCGACAGAUGCACAAGGGGCUGAUCAGUCUCACUAUAACUCGGCUUUAAAUCGGAAAGAGAGGCCAGUCAUUACAGUAACCCAUGACCCUCAAACUGGUGCUUUUACAAUUUACUGUCAAAUACCAGGAUCAAAUAACACUGUUUAUGCUUGUUUUAUUUACAUUGGAGAUGAAAAUCGACAAAUUAUAAAAUCUCAAAAACCAUCUGGAAGAACACAGUGCAUUUCUACAAUACACGAAACUAAUUUAUUUAAUCAACUAAUGUCAGUUAAGAGUAAAGUGAUGAGCUGCAGUUAUUCUCCAGAACCUGCAUCAUCCAAACGUUCACCAUGUAGUGACAAAUUCAACCUGACAGUUUUUCUUCCUGCGCAAAUUCAGUCACCAAACACAACAAAAGCAUCAGCAUCAUAUUCAACACCAACAUUCUUUACCAAUGAAACAACAGCAACUUUAGCUACAGAAUCCACUACUUGGUAUGAGACCACAAUAAACCCAACGGCUGAAUCUACUCAUGCUUCACAUCUUCUCAAUGUCACGAGGAACACGACAGCAGUUCUCAAAGCUUCCACUCCUGGUGACCAUUCAACACCAAGAAGAAAAACAUGGCUCAUCAUGGCACUGGCGGCCACCAGCGGGGGGAUUGUCCUGACCGGACUCAUGGGCAUCUGUCUGUCCUGCAUCAGACAGAAUCCAAGAGAGAAGAGUCCUUUGAAAACCUCUGCAGCCAUUUCCCAGAGCCCAGAUGAAGAUGAUACUGAAGAAAAUGAGGUGAGUACUAGAGAGCUGUUUUUACUUUUACCAUAUUUACUUCCUUUUAUUUCAUAUAUUUAUUAUCCACCUUCUUUGUUCUCCAGGAAAAAAGGUGCCACAUAUACUGCACUAUUCCUGAUGUUCCUGAAGACACUCAUGAGUUCUACAGCCUGGCACAGAUGCCAAAUCGCUCUCUGCUAAUAUAAUUUCUCUGUCAUUAAAUCAUUAUAACUAAACAUUGUCAUUUAAAGAGAUUGUGUUUAUAAAAAUGUACUGUCCUGUGUCACACAUUCAGUGGUUUCACUGUAUGUCUAUGAGGUCAGUACUGUAAGGCACUACUGUACAUUUCUACCCUGCUUCCUAUUUUUCUCUUGGAAUUUUUUGUUUUGUCCCUCAGAUAAGUGUGAAUCUUUAAUUCAAAGCUAAUAUUUAAACCACAUGCUUUUUUUUAAAUGUUCUGUGUGUUUGUGCAUUGUUGCACAUAGCCAAAGCCAAAGGACAUCCAGUUUUGACCUCACUGCAUUAUUAAGAAAAUAAAAUUACAGCGAAAACCUGUGAGGUGGACUUUAUGGGACAGGACACUAAAAAUGGAAUCAUCCAAGCAAAAGCAGAGAAUUUUCACAAAAGCUUUACAUUUUCAUUCAAAUUGUCCAAAAUAU